UGUCCCAGGCCACGCGCGCUGUCUCCUCUCUCGCUCCACUCUGGUCGUCUUCACUGUUCUCUUGUUUGUUCCUGACAGUCACGCUGGGAUAUCCCAUCCACCAUGCGUGCACCUUUGCAGGCCUUCGCCGUACUUCCGGCUAUUGCCGCCGCCCUGGUGCUUCCUCCUCGCCCUAGCACCGCAGAAGCGGCCACUGCGGAAGCAGACUCCACGAAUGCUGUCGUGCUCAACCUUGACGCUCGCGACGCCCAGGCUUCCUUCGUUGUUCCCUGCCAAGGCUGUCUUGGCGGGGAUGAUGACGACUCCCUCGUAUUCGACUUCCAAGCGUUCCCUUCGGAACACCCUUGUGGCGCUUCCAACAUCACUCUUAAUGCUCAGCCUCUAACACAGGAGUGGAUCGGUACUCACGCCAGCGGCAACGGAUCAAUCACCAGUGCCAAUGGAGACGAUGCACCAGAUCACAACUUGGAUCUUUCUUGGGAGACGAGCUGUCUGUUUGACGUUACCGCCGAGGCAGGAACCAACGAGAACGACAAAGAUGCUGCUCAGCUCUUGACAGUUCGCAUCAAAAAGGUCGAUGACAAGUCUGUCCAGGAAACCACCGGUUUCACUGUUUCCUUUAGGCAAAUCGCACAAAAGGUCGAGCUCCUUCGCCUAGCCACCACGCCUGUCACUACGGCCGUUGAAGGCAGAAUUGCCGAAGACUGGCGAAACCCUCCGGCCGAACUCAGGCUCGUGUCUAUCGAUUUCAAGGAUUUCCCCGAAGGAUUUGUUUCGCAAACUGGUACCAUCGAGGACGAAAUUGAGCUUCUUCGCCUGUUAGAAGCUGAAGAGAAGGAGAUAAAGGAGCGCAUUCUUAACCAAAAGAAGAUCAUCCAGGCCCACAUGAGAGAGAAUUCCCACUCUUUGAAGGAACAGCUUCAGACGUGCGACAACCUCUCUUGCCUUGUCAGGGCAUUGGUGCACAAAGCACAUGGCGCCGUAAAGGUUAUUUACGUUCAUCUUCGAUCUCGCCCUCAACAAACCCAUUGGCCAGAAAUGAACCACGACCCAUUCCACCGUCUCUCCCACGAACACGCCGGGCAGGCUUUUUCGGAAAUACUCGCAGCAGAUGCUCAAGGACCUCCCUCUGACUUCAACGAACCUGGAAACCAAGGUCCACCAAUGCCACCCUUUGGAGGACUUGGUGCCAACGGCCCACCACCGCCACCGCCACCGCCACCUCCAUUUGGCGGUCUUCCGCCUCCGUUUGGCGGCCCUCGAGGUCAUGGUCCCCCGCCGCCAAUGCCGCCUCCGUUCGGUGGUCCGCAAGGCCACGGUCCGCCUCCUCCGCCUCCUCCGCCCCCUCCGCACCAUGGUCCUCCACACCACAGAGGCCCGCGUCCCCUUCACACGGUCCUUAUGACUUUUGCCUGUCUGACUGGACUCGUUUGCAUUUACAGCUUUCUUCAUAACCACUGCUGCACCCUUAGACAACGCACUGAACGUCGUGCUACUCGCGAAGAACGCAGAACUGCGAGGCAAUAUCGCCGGCUUGCGCGCAGACACGCGUGGAAGAACUGGUGGACAGGCAAACGAAACGACAGGACGCGUCGUGAGGACUACGAGGAGAAGCGGUCUCUGAUCCUCAACCAAGAAGACAGGCUGGAGGAUGCCAUGCAAGAGGAGAUCAGACAACUGCGGUUGGAAGAAGCCAUGCAAGAAGAGAUUAGGCAACUGCGCUGCGCACAUGACGUCGUCCAUGACAUCGUCCACGCAGAAGAGGGGCGUGCCAGACCUUCUUCUCCCAGCUCACCUUCCUGCCAUUGCUCGCACGCCCACCCCCACAUGCAGCCUCACAUGCACUCGCACCAGCCUGCUCAACCUUUCCACCAACAGCAAGUGGUGUACCCACCUCCACACGCAAUGUCCCGCACGAGCAGUCUUCCAUCAUACCAAUCGGACACGUGCACCAUCGACACGGAUGAUCAGCCCCCGGCCUACGAGGAGGAUGUGGAUGGGAGCGACAUAGUCGUCGACGGCUUCAGAGAAUAUACUCCCUCGGUAACGACGGUCUACACGCCGGAGAGCAGCAUUCCGGACGUGAGCCCGCGGCCGAGCGCCGAGACAAUGAGAGAACUGGACCAGGAGCCCACCGAGGCCGAGUCCAUCGGGCUGACGCGCGAUCGCAAGAACUAGAGUGGAUUGCGCGCACCAACGAGGCGUUUAUGGGCAAAAGGGGGAAAUUUGGGUAAAACACAUCUGGCGCGACUAUUUGCUUUUGGCGGAAACACGCCCACCAUUACAUACAGCGUCGCCCCCUGCAUAGACGCGACGAGCUAUGUCUAAUGCUUUGUUUGGUUUUGGUUGUAAAAGGUAGGGGCAGGUCUGGCGUAUAUUUUUGGGGAUACCUAUCUAGUCAUUUGCUGCACGCCUCGCCGGCCGCGCUCGGAAGGAGGAACGCGCGAGCCGCGUAAGCUUCGUGAGCUGUUGAUCUGUUUUAUGGCGCUAAAGAGGGGGGUGGGUAGCUAGGAUCCGUG